AUGACAUCUCCAUCAAAUCACCUCCCUCUUAUCCCGGAGAACGUCGCAAAGGCGCACGCGCUCAUCAAACCGUACAUCCAUCACACCCCGCUCCUCACGAACACAACGCUCAACACAAUCGCAUCAACGCCACAGCACGCUUCGGACCUUGUUGGCUCGCAUUGGGAAGGGCAGAAUCCGGCGUCGCCGAGAAUACGGUUUUAUUUCAAAUGCGAGAAUCUGCAGAAAAUAGGCGCGUUUAAGGCGCGGGGUGCGUUUCAUGCGUUGUUGAGGCUUAUUGAGGAGAGGGGCGAGGAGGAGGUUAGAAGGAAGGGCGUUGUGACUCAUAGUUCUGGUAACCAUGCUCAAGCACUAGCCCUGGCAGGAAAGACACUAGGCAUUCCUACAUUUGUCGUGAUGCCAUCUAUAAGCACCCCCAGCAAAAUCGCAUCCACGCAGUCGCUCGGCGCAAAAGUCGUUUUCAGUGGGAGCACAGAGCCUGAACGCACCGCUGUCAUGCACCAGAUUCAGCAAGAGACUGGCGCCAUCUUCAUUCCGCCCUAUGAUCAUCCUGAUAUUAUCCUGGGCCAGGGCACAACUGGGCUAGAUAUGGAGGCACAAUACGAGGAACUGAAGGGGCGCGAAGGAAAAUCACUAGAUGCAGUUUUGACGCCAGUAGGGGGAGGUGGCCUCAAUGCCGGUGUUGCAACGUGGUUCUCGGUGCCGUCGAAAGAAGGAAAGAAGAAAACGUUGGUCUUCGGGGCAGAGCCAUCUUUCCAGGGCGCGAAUGAUUGUCAGCUGGGACUUGCUGCCGGAGAGCGUGUCCAGGCUGUUUCAACAAAGACUAUAGCAGAUGGUCUCAGGACGCCUGUAGGUCUGCACAAUUGGGCCGUUAUAUCUGAUCCGUCGAAAGUGGCAGGCGUCUACAGCGUAACGGAAGAGCAAAUAAAAAAGGCUAUGAGGUUAGUGCUGGAAAGAAUGAAGGUGGUCGUCGAGCCCAGCGCGGUAGUAGGUUUGGCUGUUUGUCUGUUUGAUGAGGACUUUAGAAGGAAGGUCGAAAAAGAGGCAGGAGAAGCCGGUUGGGAUAUUGGCAUUGUGUUCAGUGGUGGCAAUACGACUGUUGAAACCAUUGGAGCUUUGUUCGCUUCAAACUAG